AUGACCAGCACCGCUCCAACCACCGACGCCGCAAAUCCCCUACCUCUCGCCGACCCUCAUGCACCACAGAACCAAGAUAGGACCAUGCUACCUUCUCCCUUCCACGCCACGGAACCACCGCCGACGCUGGUAACCCAGGGCGCCGAGGCCCUCCUGUACCGCACCCACUUCCUGCACCAGGCGCAGCCUGCAGCCCUCAAAUUCCGACCGAGCAAGGCAUACAGACACCCCACGCUCGACGCGCGCCUGACCAAGCAGAGGGUGCUCGCCGAAGCGCGCAUCCUCGUCAAGUUGUCGGCGCUGAACGGCGUCGCCGGCGCGGAUGAGGACGGCGCAGUCAAGGUCCCCGCGGUGUUGAGCCUGGAGUGGGAUAUUGCGCGGAAAGUCCGUGGGGCGAGCGAUCCGCAGCGAGGACCGAGGGAGACGAGCUCCGCCGUGGGACAAGGCGCGUGGCUCCUCAUGGAGUGGAUCGAAGGGCGCAGCGUCAAGGACCUGCUGCGCGACUGGGACGCUUGGUCCAAAUCCCUCACCACCCACGCCCAGGCAAACGACGAACAAUCACGACGCGGCAUCGGGAUUGCUGUGCAACAGGAAGAGGCGGUGAAGAAAUUGCUGCGCCGCAUUGGCCGGGCCGUGGGAGCGAUGCACGCCAAAGGAGGCGUGGUCCACGGUGAUUUGACGAGCAGCAACAUCAUGAUCCGUCCUUACACUUCUACACAGAACACAAAUGGGCAGCGGAAAGGGAUGGUCAACGGCGAGCGAGAGAAUACAGCGCCGGGUCCACGAUCUGAACAAGAAGCAGCCGCACCGCGUCUGCAACCGCCCGAUCUGACAGGCGAGAUUGUACUCAUUGACUUUGGUCUUGCGACGCAGUCAGUCCAGGACGAAGACAGGGCCGUGGAUCUCUAUGUCCUCGAGCGGGCUUUUGGAUCAACGCACCCGAGACAGGAGGGAUGGUUCGAUGCCGAGGUCUUGCAGAGUCAGGAAGGAUACAGGGGCAGUUUCAAGGACUCCAGCGUCGUCCUCAAAAGGUUGGAGGAAGUGAGGUUGAGAGGCAGGAAAAGGAGCAUGAUCGGAUAA